AAUGCGCCUGAUGGCUGCAGUUCCAACCUGCAGAAGUAGAAAAGGCUUUCCCUCUUUACCUGACUGAGCUAAUCGUCUCCGCUUUAAACUAUUCCUAAUAGAGUUUACGUUACUGUGAGGAUUUAAAACUCUUCUCUGCUUUCCAGGCUGAGUGUGUUUCAGAGCUGUUUGGAUGUCUGGAGGAAGUUCCCUCAACCACCUGGGUUCCUGACCAGUGAAGAUGUUUUUUUGCAGGUCUGAUGGUGGGAUCAGUGGAGCGGUGCCGGAGGGUCCGAGGGAGCGUGGUGGAAUGAGGGAAGUGAUAAGAGGUUUGAAGUCAAAAGAGUUAUAAAUAUAAUGAGCUCAGCUGGAGGCAGACAGCACUCUUCCAGAAAGGCUUCAGCUCCAGAUUCUGCUUGUUCACAGCUGUGUGAGGACAUGAAAACAGAGACUUCAGAUGGAGGUACAGAAUGCAUUGUGGAGAAAGAGGAGAACCUGGAGCUGAGCAUCAGUAACCAUGGAAACGACUUCACCAAGACUCCUGAUGUUAAGAUCUCCAUUAAAGAGGAAGAAGCUGAUGAUAAAGAUUUCCUAUAUUGUGAAGUUUGCCAGUCCUUCUUUUUUAACAAAUGUGAGGUUCAUGGUCCAGCAGUCUUCAUUCCUGACGCUCCUGUUCCCAUGGGGGUCACUGACCGAGCCAGACAAACUCUUCCUUCUGGACUCGAGAUUCAGAAGUCCGGUAUUCCCGAUGCAGGUCUGGGAGUGUUUAAUAAGGGGGAGAGUGUUCCAGUUGGUGCACACUUCGGACCCUACCAGGGAGAGCUGGUAGACAGAGAGGAAGCCAUGAACAGUGGCUACUCUUGGGUGAUAUACAUAAGUAGGCAGUAUGAAGAAUACAUAGAUGCCAAGAGAGACAUGCAUGCUAACUGGAUGAGGUAUGUAAAUUGUGCUCCUCGUGUUGGAGAGCAAAAUCUAGUGGCAUUUCAGUAUCGAGGGAGUAUUCUGUACCGUUGCUGUCGACCCAUUCAUCCAGGACAGGAGCUUUUGCUGUGGUAUGAAGAGAAUUAUGCCAGAGAUCUAGGCCCUACAUUUCACCACUUCUGGAAUAAAAAGUGCUCUUCGAAGGAACUAAGUGAUGUGCUGUUGCCAGUCUUCUCCUGCUCCUUGUGCACAGUUUCCUAUACAUCUCAAAUUUACCUGGACAAACACAUGAAGAGAUGCCACUACGAGGAAUAUUUAAAACUGCAGGAGUCGGGACAGAUUAAAUAUGAGGUUCAGAUGCCCACAGAAGGUCCCAGAUGUCAGCAAGCAUCAUCUGAUACUCUCAGUUUGGACACUUCUCACAAAGAAAUUCAUAAGGAAAUUCAUCACUGCUCAGACUGUGGAAAAAGAUUUACUCAUCUGGGUAAUCUCCAACGACACCAAAACAUUCACAAAGGAGUCAAGUCACAUCACUGCACACAAUGUGGAAAGAGUUUUAAUCGGAAGGAUCAUCUUCAACAACACCAGCGCAUUCAUGCAGGAGAAAAGCUUCAUCACUGCUCACAGUGUGGAAAGACUUUUAAUCAUCAGAGUCAUCUUCAACAACACCAGCGCAUUCACACCGGAGAGAAGCCGUAUCCCUGCUCACAGUGUGGAAAGAGUUUUGCUGAUCAGAGUUCUGUACAACGACACCAGCGCAUUCACACGGGAGAGAAGCCGUAUCAGUGCACACAGUGUGGAAAGAGGUUUCGUCAUCAGGGUAAUCUUCAACGACACCAACUCAUCCACACAGGAGAGAAGCCGUAUCACUGCUCACAGUGUGGAAAAUGUUUCUCUCAACAUAGUCAUUUCCAACAACACCAGCGCAUUCACACAGGAGAGAAGCCGUAUCACUGCUCACAGUGUGGGAAGAGUUUUACUCAUCAGGAUAAUCUUCAACAACACCAGCGCAUUCACACAGGAGAGAAGCUGUAUCUGUGCUCACAGUGUGGAAAAGGUUUUACUGACCCGAGCAACCUUAGACGACACCGGCGCAUCCACACAGGAGAAAAGCCGCAUCACUGUUCACAAUGUGGAAAGAGUUUUAUUCAAAAAGUUGAACUUCGGUUACAUCAGCGCAUCCACACAGGAGAGAAGCCGUAUCACUGCUCACAGUGUGGAAAAAGUUUCUCUCACCAGAGUUAUCUCAAACAACACUACCAUAUUCACACAGGAGAGAAGCCGUAUCACUGCUCAGCGUGUGGAAAGAGUUUUAUUCAGAAGAGUGCUCUUCAACAACACCAGCUCAUUCACACAGGAGAGAAGACGCAUCACUGUUCACAAUGUGAAAAGAGUUUCACUGACCCAAGAAAUCUUAAACGACACUACCGCAUCCACACAGGAGAGAAGUCACAUCACUGCGCACAGUGUGGGAAGAGUUUUGUUCAAAAGAUUGAACUUCAGUUACACCAGCGCAUCCACACAGGAGAGAAGCCGUAUCACUGCUCACAGUGUGGAAAAAGUUUUAAGCGAAAGGAUCAUCUCCUACAACACAAAGGCAUUCACACAGGAGAGAAGCCGUAUCACUGCUCAGCGUGUGGAAAGAGUUUUAUUCAGAAGGGUGGACUUCAACAACACCAGCGGAUUCACACAGGAGAGAAGACACAUCACUGUUCACAAUGUGAAAAGAGUUUCGCUGACCCAAGAAAUCUUAAACGACACCAGCGCAUCCACACAGGAGAGAAGCCGUAUAACUGCUCACAGUGUGGGAAGAGUUUUAAGCGAAAGGACCAUCUCCUUCAACACAAAAGCAUUCACACAGGAGAGAAGACACAUCACUAUUCACAGUGAGGAAAUCGUUUUACUGACACGAGUAGUUUCCAAAGACUUCAGAGCAUUCAAACAGGAAAGAAGCCGGUUUUACUGCUUACAGAGAAUCCAUUGUGUCUACACAGUCUCUAUGCAAUAUUACACUGCCUCCAUAUUAGUGGUGUUAAUUCUGAAAAUAUUACCAUACUUUGUAUCUUUAUGUUUAAGAGUGCUGAAAGUUUUAUAAUUUUGAGCACUUUUUUUUUUUUUUAAUUUUUGACGAAAAGGCAAUAUUGAAAUGAAAUAUUUGACAUCAGAAAGGUAGUAAGUAGUGAUGGAUUUUAAAUAGUCUGACACUUCACAAAUAAUGUUAAUGGUGAUAAUGACAAUGUGACUGAAUAUGCAUUUGUUGUUGUUUUGUUGUUUUAAAUUGAAUUGAAUUGCCACCAUAAUGGGCCUAAUAUUCAAGAUGGAUACACUGUAAAUGCAUUCAUUCAAAAUUUCUUUACCAUAGUAUGUACACAAUUUGUAAAAAAAAAAAAAAAAUCUGCAAAAUCUUUAUAAUAGUAUAAUAUAAUAGUAAAAUAGUAUAAUUUGUACUAAGUUACGUAUUGAUUUUGUAAGUAGUUUACAAUGUCACAGAUAUACUUCCUAAGAUUGAAUUGUGUAUCUGCACAACCUUUUUAGACAGGCGUGAAGAAAUGCAGUUUCUUUCAAAAGUAUAUAUUUUAAUUGUUUGUGUUUAUCAAUUUACAAAUUGCAAAGUGAGUGAACAGAAGAAAUAUUCUAUACUUGGUAUGAUGACCACGUGGCUUCAAACCAGCAUCAAUUCUUAUACUUGCAGAAAGUCAGGGAUUCUGUAGGAUGAGAGUCAGGUGUCUCAUUAACCAAUUACACCAAGCAGGUACUAAUGAUCUGUUUCAUGUGUAGGUUGAAACCCAGUCAUUGAGUGAAACAGGAGCAACUGUGUAGGAGCUUAAACCUGGGUGACGAACAUCAAACUCUGUACUAAGGUCAGGUUGUGGAAGUCAGUUUCAUGUCACAGGUCAUACUCCAUGGCCAGACUGACCACAGCAACAAGACACAAGGUAGUUCUACUACAUCAGCAAGACCUCUCCCAGGAACAGAUCUCAAAGCAGACUGGGGUUUCAGGAUUUAAAACAGAGAAACUGGUGGUGUUAAUGAGCGUAGACGUAGUGGCCAAGGAAACUGAACACAGCAGAUGAAAGACACAAAACAGUCAUACCUCACCAAACAGCCUUUUCACACAUAUUUACAGACGAAGGAGAAAGACAAUAUGGCCAAUGUCAAAGUGUUUAGUAAUAAAGUGUUUUAAAGCCUUUCAGCAACGGAAGUAAGACAAAAACAGAUAGAAAAUCAAUACAAAGUAGAUCCCAUUUGGGUGAAACUCAUGGUACCUUCAGACUGAGUGGCCAGAGAAAAGACCUACCACCAGAGCUGAAGCUAUACUGGCAUGAAAAAGAGAACCUUACCUUGGCUGGAGAUCUCCUCCUGAGAGGCCAAAGAGUUGGCAUUUCCCAUUCAGUGCAAGCAGAAUUUUUUUAAUAGACUCAACCAUGGCCACCAACAUUAGCUCAAAGUUCAGUUUACACAGAUUGAAAUGUGUAAAUUCACGUUAUUAACAUUCAGUUCAUUUAAUAUUUUUUUAAAGAGUGAGAGAAAGUGUGAGAAUGAGUGGAUGUGAGCUCAAACCAGCUGCCCAAAUGGGAAAUUGAACACUAUUUUUCAUUUAAAAUAAACUCGAAGUCAUCAAACAUAAAA